UCAGCUGGCUCCAGGAGGAUGUUUGGCACAGCUUUGGGCAUCGGGGUCCUGCUGGCCCUGGUGGGCUGCACGGCCACCGAGGGCUGUGUGGCCCCGCAGGACAUGGUCUCCCAGCUGCUCCAGCGCUUGGAGGGAUCUGUAAAUUUUGAGGAGGCAGCGAAUCCCAGUGUCCUGCUGGCCAUGAACCUGGCCGGGGGGGACAGCGAUGGUCCCAUCCACAAGUGGCUGCUCCAGGAGAUCAAGGAGGAGGCAGUGAGGAGAGCCCAGAAAGACAUGACCUCGGGACAAGUGGCUCUGCACGUCCUUGCCCUCCUCUCCUCCUGCCAGGAUCCCCAGCAUGUCCAUGCCCUGGAGCAGACACUCGACCUGAUCCGUGUCCUGCAGCAGAAAACAGAUGAGGAGAUGGCCAAACUGGAGGCCGAGGGGGUUCCCAACACUACCCUGUACAGCUUGGCCCUGGACACCCUGGCCCUGUGCCUGGCUGAGGCAGGCGGCGCUCAAGGACCAUCGGUGGCCCUGGCCAAGCAGCUGCUGAGCCCUGAGAGACACCUCUCCGUGGACACGCGGGCCAUGGUGGCACUGGCGCUGAGCUGCGUCUACAACUACGUGGAGCUCCAGGACGUGCAGCAACUGCUCCAGCAGGCACUUUGGACAGUGAGCAACAGCUUCCUGGAUGAGCAGGAGAAAAGGAAUGGCAUGAUUGGGAACAUCUACAGCAUGGGGCUGGCCCUGCAGGCGCUGGAGGCCACAAGGAAGUUUUACGCCCCACGGAAGUGGGACUGUGCCCAAGCCUUCUCCGUGGUGUACGCCGACUACCAACAGCCCAUGGCCAUGGCCCAGGUGCUGCCAGCCCUGGUGGGCAGGUCCUACCUGGAUGUGGCUGGCCUGGACUGUGCUGCCACCAAGGAUAUGUUCCCAAGCCGACAGUUGCCCCUGUCCCCAAAGCUGGGGACACGUGGCAUUCCCAGAGCCUCCAUCCAGGUGCAUUACUCCAUCACCAACAAGCUCCAGGGAAAACACUUCCACUACUCCACCACAGUGACAGUCCCAAGUGGCUCCACUCUGCUCCGGGUGAUGGAGGUAGCAGCAGAAGAGAACCCCCAAACCUUCAGUUUCCAGACAGAGCAGACAUCCUGGGGUCCCUAUGUGACCUCCAUCCACGGGCUGGCUGGCAGCAAGGAUGACAGGACGUACUGGCAGUUCCUCAGUGCUGGGAAUGCUCUCGAGGAAGGGGUCGGAACCUACAAACCACACGAUGGGGAGCACAUCCAGGCCAUCUUCAGCACCUACUGAUGCCAUCAAGACACCCUGGACCCUGCCAUGGCGU